CAGGGGGGGGGGGGGGGGGGAUGCGUGCGCGUGUGGCGGUGGGGGCUUCCCGCACGUGCCGCCGGCGCCGGCCGACACCCGAGCGGCGGCAGCAGCUCAGUAGUCGAGACUGCGGCUGGUGCAGCGGCGCAGGGCGUAACAAAGACACCAAGAAUCCAACCUCAUAACUGACCAGCGCCUUCGAGGCCAAACCAUAAGAAACACGAGCAGCGUCCUUGGAGAGCACAACAUGGGUCCAACAGGAGUCCUGCUAGCGCUUUUCACUCUGGUAGCGGUCUCCUUCAGCGGCCUGGUGAAGGCGCAAGGCGCGUUCUCCUUUGAGUUUCCCGACGAGGACGACUGCCGCACGCCUCUCAACGAGCCAGGCAGCUGCCUCGAGCUUGCCAGAUGUACGGCGCUGCAAUCAGUUCGGGACUACAACUUCCUGCGGCGCUACAUCUGCGGAUUUUCGCGCAAUGUGCCUCUGCUCUGUUGCCCGAGCGGUGGACAGCAGAGGCCUCCGACUCGGCCUCCAACUCGGCCUCAAACCCGGCCUCCAACCCGGCCUCCAACCAGGCCUCCGACGCGGCCUCCGACACGGCCUCCUACCCGUCCUCCGACCAGGCAGCCACCAACCCAAGGCCCACCAAACCGGGAUAACUCCGAUCUAGUUGAAGGACCCAGGAUUGCCAACUACCCGCGCUUCCUGCCUGCUGGAUGCGGCCAGACUAAUGUGAGCGUGAGCCGCAUCGUUGGAGGCCGCGAGUCAGAACCCGGUGCAUGGCCUUGGAUGGCGGCUAUCUACAUCAACAGUGGUGGCGUGAAGAGCGCUGCAUGUGGAGGCGCGUUGGUUACGGACAGGCACGUGGUGACUGCGGCACACUGCGUCGUCGUGGGACAUCGAGCGACGAACCUGCCGGCAUCUUCAUUCACCGUGCGCCUGGGCGACCACAACCUUGUGAGGAGCGACGACGCGGUUAGUCCCGUCGACGUUCCUGUGACCAAGGUGGAACGGCACGCCGACUUCGUGGCACGAACCUUCAAGAACGACGUAGCCAUCCUCACAAUGGAACGUCCCGUGAGGUUCAACAAGUUUGUGAGGCCCGUGUGCCUGCCGUAUGGUGACGACUUCAAGACUCGGGACCUCAACGGAUACCACGCGUUCGUCACCGGAUGGGGAACCACUGCAUUCAACGGGGAGUCCAGCGACGUUCUGAAGGAGGCACAGAUCAAGAUAUGGGACGAGGACACAUGCAAGAAGGCCUUCCAGAAAGAGGUGCCCAUCUCCUCUGUUUACCUGUGCGCAGGCGACGGCAAUGGACGCCAGGACUCGUGCCAGGGUGAUUCAGGAGGUCCGCUGGUGCUGCCGGACGAUGGCCGAUUUUUCCUCAUUGGCGUGGUCUCGUUCGGCAAGCGCUGUGCAACGCCCGGCUAUCCUGGUGUCUACACGAGGCUCACGGAGUUCUUGCCAUGGCUAAGCCAGAGGCGCAUCGCCACACCACCGCCGGGCGGGCGGGCAGACAAGGCAGGGGCGGGCAGGUCUACAACGCGAGCCCUGCAGAAAAAGAAAAGGAAAGGAGGCGCGCCUCCUUUUUUGCCUCCGGCUGACGUCAGACGGCCGCCGAAGGCGACCGCACGUGGUGGGAAUCCGGUUCUUGCGACGCCUGGGACGAGGAAGCGGCGGCACCUUGACUUCUCGCCGACGAUCACCAUGCUGUGGCUGGUGACGGUGGCGGCGCUUCUCGCGACCGGGCGGGCUACGAACUCCUCCACCGCAGGAGCAGCAGCACCGAGGGAGCCAGACUGCCGCAGCCCGGACGGCAAGGACGGCUUCUGCAUAUUGGCGUCGCAGUGCAGGCAACUGGCGCUACUUUCGUCCAGCGAGCAGCGGCGGUACGUGUGCGGCUACCGAGGACCGCUGGCCAAGCUGUGCUGCGUCCCCGAACCAGCGUCAGGAGGAGAGGGCGGCAACUCAACCGGCGUCGCCUCCCGCGGCGCUGGUUCGGACGGUGCGGCCAUCGCCCCCGCCCCACCACCCGAGCCCCUCCCCGAAGGCUACCCCAACGCACUGCCAUCUGGAUGCGGGCUCUCCAGCGUGAGCGACUCCCGCGUCGUAGGAGGACGGGUGGCUGACGUCGGUGCAUGGCCAUGGAUGGCGGCCAUCUACCUGAAGACCGAAGCCCAAGCGAAGGUCGGCUGCGGAGGCGCGCUAGUCACAGAUCGUCACGUGCUCACCGCAGCCCACUGCGUCAGCGUUGGCGCGCGUGCGAGGCAGCUUCCCGCCCGGGUGCUGACCGUGAGACUGGGCGACCACGACCUGAACUCAAGCGACGACCACACUACGCCCGUGGACGUCGAGGUAGCCGACGUGGUCCGCCACCCGCGCUACGACCGGCGCACGUACGCCAACGACAUCGCGGUGCUCGUGCUGCGCAAGCCGGUCACGUGGGGUCGGUACGUGAUGCCCGUGUGCCUCCCUUUCGGCCCCCUGGCCACGAACACCCUGGACGGCCACAAUGCCUUCAUUGUCGGCUGGGGCGCCACGCAAUUCAGCGAGCCACAAGAGGGCGUCCCUGAGCCCACGCACGACGUCACAGACGGAGCCGGAAGCAGCGUCCUGCGGCAAGCCCAGAUCCCUGUGUGGACCGAGGCCGACUGCAAGAAGGCGUACGAGCAGCACUUACCCAUCAGCAAGGCUCAGCUGUGCGCGGGAGACGCCAGUGCCGAAAGGGACUCGUGCCAGGGCGACUCCGGGGGCCCCCUGCUGCUGCCGCACCAGGGCCGCUACUACGUGGUGGGCAUCGUCUCGUCGGGAAAGGACUGCGCCACGCCAAACUUCCCGGGGAUCUACACCCGCGUCUCCUCGCACCUCGACUGGCUGCGCAACGAGCUGGGCGCGGCGCAGUAAUAAUAAAGAAAGAAGGCCGCGGCUGUCGCUGGCCACGCGGCAGCCACGGCGGGGCUUUCCGUCUCUCUCUUCUUCGAAAAUGC